GUGGUUGGUUAGCUCUGCUUGGGACCCGCUGCUGUCACAGCUGCCGAAAACAGUGACAGCCGAAAAUAGUCUUUUAUUCGUGGCUGUGCGCAGAGUACAAUCGCCACAAUGUUCGAGGAGGCCAGUGAAGUGUUCGAUAACAUGUUUAAAUCCUCUUUCCCCCUCACCUUCAUUGUGUUUAUCCCCGCGGUGCUGAUCCUGGUCUCUCCGCUCCCGGCCGAGGCUGCACAUGAGUUCACGGUGUAUCGCAUGCAGCAGUACGACCUGCAGGGACAGCCCUACGGUAAGUCAGCUGUUCACCUUUGUUUAAUCAAACAACAAUAAGUCAAAGUAGUUCUUAAAUAAACUGAACAGUAUUUAAUCCGGUCCCCAGCUGCUUAUUUAAACGAGCCGAGCUGUCACGUCCGGAGCAGCGUUUCAAUGACAGCUAAGCUAAUGUAGCUUAGCAAUGCUAGUAUCCAGGCUAAAUGCAAAUCAGGACCGUUUCUGCCGAAAAUAUGAACCGAGGCGGAACGUUUAAACAAUACAUUGUCUAAAAAAAGAGGGUUCCAUUUCAUGAUUUUCUAAAUAUCACUAUAGAGAAAAAUAUUAUUGAAAAAAUUAGGGGUGGAAGAAAAAAAUCGACUCACAUAAGUAUCGGGAUUGUUUGUUUUACAAUUUUUAAAUCGAUUUUUAUGUUCAUUCACGAUUUUUUUAAACCUAAGAAUACAUAUUAAAAACUGGCUUUCAUGUUAUGUCUAUUUUUUGGGGAAGUAUGGUUCCUGGAAUAGUCAGUGGACAAUCAUAAUCAUUCAACUGUAUCACUGGUGUUAAAAAUGCAGACUAAAAAUCGAGAAAAUCUGCAAUAUCCUAGAAUCGGAAUUUAAAUCGAAUCGGCAGAAAAGCAUAUCGUCCCAGCUUUAAAAAAAUCUUAAAGCCCCAGUAAGAAUUUAUCUUGACUUGUUGUGGGGAUAAACUAGUCAGAACUAAUAAUUCAAGCUAUAAUGAAGGUGUAAACCAAACAAAGAGCCACAACCUUCUUUCUUUUUUUUGUUUUACUUAAUUGCUUUUAAGCUUCAGCACUAACACAGUGUUAGAGAUGCAUUUUAUCAAACUGUUAAGUAUGAUGUUUCAUAAUCAAUGUUUCUUUGUUUUCUAUAGGUACCAGGAAUGCCAUCUUGAAUACAGAGGCCCGUACUGUAGAAGCAGAGGUACUAAGUCGUCGCUGUGUUAUCAUGCGGCUGGCAGAUUUCUCUUAUGAAGAGUACCAGAAGGCCUUGCGGCAAUCGGCUGGUGCUGUAGUCAUCAUCCUGCCCAAGAACAUGUCUGCUGUGCCCCAAGACAUAGUGCAGGUACAAACAUUUUCCUCUGAUUGAUUGAGGAUGUGAUGUGUUUUGCAUGAGGACUUCUUAAUUUUAAGAAAAUCUUUUUUAUUACAAGUUUGAAGCUUUUUCAUUUAACUUUAACACGUCCUGAUGUUGUUUAAAAGUAAACCCAUGGCAGAGAUUGGAUGUGUUUCACGGUUGUAUGUUGCACAAGCUGUGACUAAUGAAAUCAGUGGGUAGGUAUUUGUUUAGUUCCUCAUUUGAUUACAUAACUGAGGGAAAUCUUUUUUAGUCAGGUUUUUAUAGAAAACUGUUUCUUUGUGAUGAGACCUCUCCUAUUUUUUCACUGAUGCCACCAUCAGUCACUGUCAUUCCUGUUGAAAACUGACAACAGUGAACUUGCAGAUUCUCGCUCUGGCUAUAAUUUCUAUCUUCUGCCGAUACCUGCAAAGCUGUAUGAUUUAGUUUGUCAAAUGUUAUCACUCCUCUGUUUGUCUUGUCUAGCAGUUCAUGGAGCUUGAGCCAGAGAUGUUGUCUACAGAGACCAUUGUCCCAGUCUACUUUGCUGUGGAGGAUGAGGAGCUGCUGUCUAUCUACAGUCAAACGUUGACCUCUUCCUCCUCGCAGGGCUCUCUAUCAGCAGCUGAAGGUAUGGAAUCUGAACCUGCUGUUCGAUCAGCUGUUCACAGACAUAAUCAGGGACAUAUUCAUGUAGCUGAGCAGUUUGUAUUCCCUAGUAAUAAGCAGAUCCGUUAUGAUUGUUUUAUUCUUUUAUUUUCUGCAGUGCUGCUGCAUACAGCCACAGCCAACGGCUUCCAGAUGGUGACCAGUGGAGCUCAGAGUAAAGCUAUUAGUGACUGGGCUAUCACCAGUCUAGAGGUGAGACACUAAACCAGAUUUCUGUCUUGUUCAAGUUUUAUUUUUCUUCUAUUACACGUUUUUUAAAUGAUGCAGAAAUAAAUCUUCAGAUUCCUGUGCACAGAAAUAACCUUCGAAACUGAACACAGAGAGGGGGCAGGAUGAUAUCGCAGUAACAUCGAGUAGAACAGUGUGAGGCUUGUUGACUCACCUCAGAAAUGUUCUGGAUGUGAAUCGGUCCUGUGUCAGUUUUUAUUUUGAGUGCAGUCUUGCCUCGAGUUUUCAAGUCACAGUCAUGAAAAUCAGACAAUCUGACUUGCUCAGAGUGAUAUUGUGUACAUGAUGAAAUUUUUCUAUGUGGUGAUAUCUGAACCGUUUUCAAAUUAGGACACCUCCCUCAGUUUUCUUUCAAGCUUUAUUGUAACAUUACUUUUCUGUAUUAUAAACAAAAAGGGUUUUAGAAGAUAACAAAUGUUGAGCUAUGUAAGCUAUGUGAACCCCACACACACACACACACAAAAAAGAGAUGAUAAUCAUCUGUCAGUGAGAAAAAACCCAUAAACCUGUUUAACCAGGAUUACCUCCAUAUGGGUGUAUAUACUUCCUGAUAGCGUUUUACUCAAAUUCUUAAACAUAGUAAAAUUUAGCUUCAAAACUUUUCAUCAGGACUCCCAGACUAGGAGUGACUGUGAGCUAGGAUAGGACAGAAACUUUGAUCUCACUCAGGAACCAUGGUUGACCCUGUUAGUAUGACAGGAAACUCUCAAAAGCUGUUAUUGAUUGAUCCACAAGAAGAGAAAAAGUAACACUGAGUGAUAUCGUUCACUGAAGAUGAGUGGAGUUAUUCAUCAGCCUUGUCAUUGAAGCUGAUCAGUUAUUGUGUUGCAUAGAUCAGAGUGUGGUGACUCACGAUAAAUAUGAACCUUGAUCAAACUGUUUUGUUGCUGCCGACGUUGCUCUGCACUCACUUGGUUUAGUUUAAACAUUAAUAUCAAGUCUCCCUUCACAGGGAGAAGGGAUCCAAAGUAAAACAGUUGCAUGUAAAACUUUUAUUUUUGCCAGGAUCCAGUUCCAUCUUUUUAGGAAAUUAUCUGAAAAUGUAAGUUUACGAAUGUAGCCAGUGGAGUUUAAGCUCUCUUAAUAUUAUGUCUCCCUCUUGCUUUUUUGUGUCUAUUGAGUGUUUCCUGACCGUGUGGGUGGGCAUGAAAAUCCCAGAACAAAAGCACUUGUGUGACCUGAAAGCCUGGAAUUUAAAUCUUAAUGGAUUUCAAAUGGAGUGCAAACUAUGAAUAUGAAGCUUAAGUUGAGAGGUUUUAUUACUCUAAUUGCACACACGAAUAUUUAUACACUGGUUUAAUGGAGCCUGGUGGCCGGACCAAAAAUCCUUGCCCUCAUGGUCAAGUGGAUUUUAAUUUAGUGUAAUGUGAAAAUGUGAAAUCCCUGAAUAACCCUCAACCAGAGCAAAUCUGUUUCUUUGAGUUUCUACACUCAGGCUGACAGGAGUCACUCUCUGCUGUUCUUUUGUUCCUUCACAGAGGGAUUUGGACGGCUUUUGUCAUUGUUUGUAUUUUGGAUCCAAGUGUGUGGGUCAGACAGGGAAAACAAAGCAGGAGUGAAGUGUUACUUUGAAACUUUCUAAUCUGAGCGUGUCAAAAACCAGAGAGUAAGAGGUUUAGUCCCUCUGCAGGGGGAUUAGGCGAAAGACUGAGGUUUUUUACCACCAAAGUAUGUGGUCAGGAGGUUAACUAUGACUGUAACCUUCUUCACUCUGAAAGUAUUGAUAGUAAUAUCCACACUCCUCUGACUGUAAUGGUUUGUAGUGUCAUUUCUGAGUUCUGUUUUAAUGAGCUGUUGUGAUGACUGUCUUUUCACCCACAAGGGCCGUUUGUCUGGACUUGGAGGAGAAGACCUGCCCACUAUUGUGGUGGUUGCUCACUAUGACUCCUUUGGUGUUGCGCCAGUAAGUUCAUUUCUUCUUUUCUAUCACUCAAAAAAAGAAAAAAAAAGCAACAAUUUUUGUAGCUGAAAGGACAUUAAAUCCUCAAGAAUCUGCAUGAUCUGGGUAUGUCUCUUCUUAGGUAGCUAAAACUGCCUCCCAUGGGUUGAGUCAGAUCCGGUGUUUGUGAUGCGGUCUGUAAAAAGAGAGCAGGCUGAGAAAGUAAUGUCUCCUGGUGUGUUUUUGUCUGCAGUGGCUGUCAUACGGAGCAGACUCGAAUGGUAGCGGAGUGUCCAUGUUAUUAGAGCUGGCUCGUCUGUUCUCGAAACUUUACACCUACAAGAGGACACACGCUGGGUGAGUAUCAGUGAUAGCGCUGAAUCUGAGACUGUUGUGUCUCAAAUAAAAGUUGAAUGGAUUAUUAGCUGUGUUGAAAAAUACAAUAUUAUAUUAUCUUAUGCAUUCUUGAAGCUCUUUGCUGCUCUCUCACUCUAAUAAGUAUUGUAUAGACAGUAUGAUAAGAUGUUAAAGUGGUAUCGACGUACCUGAGUGAUUCAUCUGAACACUACAUAAAGUCCAUUUGUUUUGUCUGUUACUUUCAUUUGAAGAUCAGUGAAGUGCUUCAAUGUCCUUUGAGAACUAAACUGAACAUUAUCUGUGAUCACUGCUCGCAGUGAGAAUUGAAAUGGAUUGUGGGAAACGCUACAAGCUCUUUAAUAGCUGAGUGGUUCAUGCAGAGUGGUCAGUGGGUGAGAUGGAGUGUCAGAGUAGAGAGUAAACUUUCUCCUGUUGUUGAUUUAUUCACCUUUCUAACAUAAGACUUUUGAUUUGUUUAUUAGCCAAAAUACUCACGUCCAGAUUCUGUGUCCACAUCCAUCCCCCUCAGAUGAUUCCUCGUAUAGAUUUGACUUAUGUGUGGAUCAUGUCAUGUGUUCAGGUACAACCUGCUGUUCUUUGUGUCUGGAGGAGGAAAGUUCAACUACCAGGGCACAAAACGCUGGCUGGAGGACAAUCUGGACCAUACAGGUACUACAUUCAUUUAUCAUUUAUAUUACCAUCAUUUUAUUUUAUUAUGAUUUUAUUAUUAUUAUUAUUAAUAUCCUCUUUUAUACUUACUAGCCUGUUUUCUUCCCUCCUUGUCUAUUUCUUUUUUUUUUGCUUUUAUUUUGGUCCUCAUGGUCCCAUUUAUUUUGUAGGGUUCUUGUAUUGCCUGGGUUUCUUACGAAAAGUGAAACAGGCCUACAAUUCAGAGGCCUGUUUUUAACUGAGCUUUUGUUUUUAUGUGUUUUUAUUUUCAAUGUGCUGAUGCUCUGUGCUUACAACUGUUGUCUAAGCACUUUGUAAACUUCUGUUUUUAAAGGUGCUAUAUAAAUAAAAUUAUUAUUAUUAUUAUUAUUAUUACAUUACCAACAGACAACCAUACAAGUUUUGUUUGAUUUUGUUUGAUGUACAAAGAUUCAAAAUUCAGAUUUCAAAAAACUUUCUCAUCCUAGAAAAGCAUUUUAUAUAUUUGCAGACACCUCAUCAAAUACAAGUUAACAGGAACAGGUCUUUCCAUCAAUUACUGUGACUAGUAUGAAACGACCUGACAGCAGUGAGAAGAAAAGAGUUUGAAUGAGUAGUCCUCAUGAGUCCGUCUAUAUGUCGCAGUGUUAAAAAACUACAUUUAGACCAUUUGUUACAUAUUCACUUUAAAUCAAGUCCGUGUUUGUGAACAUAGCACACUCUUAAAAAUACGAUCAAAGAAAAGAACAAAUGUGAAUGAAACAACAUGAGGAAGAACAAUCAGGUAGCAGGAUUAUAUGUCAGGAUGUCACAUUGACCUGGAAUUCCAAACCUGUAAAUAGUAAAAAUACUGUAAAUGGGACUAAUCACAUUUAUAUAUGUUUAUUUUCAUUAUAACUAUAAUAACAUUAUAACAUUAUAGCUCUCUGUAAACUAGAAGAGAUCUGUGUAGAUCAGAUAUGGUUUGAGUGAUUUUACUCACCACACUUUUGACCUUCAUCCUUGUAAACAGUUCAGCACUUUGCAUUUUGGUGCUUUGAUGAUGAUGAUGAUGAUGAUGAUGAUGGUGGUGGUUACGGUUACUUCUGUUGUCUUUAUUCUUCAACUUUCUCUUUCUUAAUUUUUGAUAUUCUGUGUUUUUUGUACAUUUCCCUCUGUUUCUCCACAGACUCCAGUCUGCUGCAGGACAACGUGGCUUUUGUUUUGUGUUUGGACACUCUGGGAAAUGGAGACUCGCUGCACCUCCACGUGUCCAAACCCCCUAAAGAGGGAUCACCUCAGUUUUCUCUGCUUAAAGAACUGGAGAUGGUAAAAACUGCUAAAAAUCAAGUCCCUUAAAGCUUUUGUGAGGAACUUUUAGUUUGUAUUGAUUCUGACAGUUAAAGGGAUAUUCCGGCAUAAAAUUAAUUUAGGGUCAGAAAAAGGCGCUCUCAUGGUUGAUUAGGGAUCAUUAGUGUUAAUUCAAGUCUGUUUCAUAACCGACGAAAAUCUUCUCACAAGAGCUUUGAAUCGCCAGAAACCCUCAAUUCAACCUUAAAAAAACCCUCCAGAGUACCUUUGCUCGAUUACAGUUGAAGAUUACAUGUUCUGUCCUCUCAGGUGGUCUCCAGUCAGUACCCUGAGGUCAAGUUCUCCAUGGUCCACAAGAAGAUCAACCUGGCAGAUGACAUGCUGGCGUGGGAGCACGAGCGCUUCGGGAUCCGUCGGCUGCCGGCCUUCACGUUGUCCCACCUGUCGUCCCACCGCCUGGCUCAGCGCUCCAGCAUCAUGGACGUGCGGUCAGUGUCCCCCUCCUCUCGCCACGGAGCGGGAGAGCCCCCUGCUGGGUGGGUUCAUUACUGCAAGUCUCAGAAUCACCGAAAGAAAAAGCGUUUUCCCCAUUCUAGCUCAUUUUUCACUCCUUGUCAUUGGUUGUUGUUGUCGUUGUUGUUGUAGAGCAGUUCGUGUCCCACUCAUCUUGUUGUUUUCCCGUGGAGAGACUGAAGUCAUGUGACCGGUGUAUACAGUAGCUUUCAACCCUCCUGACCUGAAGAAAGGAGGCGACUAAAGUGUCUCUGCCAACCUUAGAAGGAGUCAAAACAAAACCUUAAACACUGCCUCCACAUCCGACUCAAGUGCAAUAAAAGCAUUUCUUUAUCUUCAUUCUCUUCCUGUAGCUAUCCAUCUCCCCCGUCUUUCUGUCUGCCAAAAACCAUUUACCAUUUCCGUGAAGACAGUUUCACUCUUGAUUUCUCAGCUGAUUUGUGAUUCACUUACUUCCUGUCUCAAAUCUCUGCAGAUACUCUUAAUGGGUUUCUCUUUCUUCCCAAGUUCCUCCAGGGUUUCUGAUUUUCUCUCCUGUUUUGUUGUUUUGGAUUUUAAGUUUCUUCUCUUAACUUUCUGCACGCUUGUGUUUUUGUGUCUUACAGGCCUCACGUUGACGUGAAGAAACUCAGCAGGAACACAAAGGUGGUAGCAGAAGCUUUGGCCCGGGUCAUAUACAACCUCACAGAAAAGGUAAACAACAUCAAUGGAGAAAACGUAUCGAUACCAGAUACUCAGUCUGUUUUUUUUUAACCUGUGAUGUGGCAUGUUUCGUUUUUCUUCUUCUGCUGCUCAGGGGGCUCCUGGAGACCUGCAGAUCUUCACCGAACAAAUGGUAGGUCACCAUUCUGCGCUGACUCUGAUGUCAGUGUCAGCCAUUGGAUCAUUUGCUGAUGAAAUACAGUGAUUCACUGCAUGAAAAAGAAACUAAAAGGUGGUGAGUUAUACCACUGGUUUAUCUUCCCAUAGUCAGUUUGUUCAAAUAUGAUAGAAAACUCAUCAUUCUCAAAAUAUGUAUAUAUUUUUAGAUGAACAAAAUCUUAUUUAAAGUGGGACAUAAUGCUGCACACACAAUGCUACAGUGUAUAAUGUUAGGAUACCUUAAACUGAAAUAAAAAAAAAAACAGUUAUGAUGGAUCAGUGAGUGAUAGGGCUGUCAAAAUUGCUCCAAAAUGACGUUCAAAAAUUCUUUCUAAAAAUAACACAUAGGUUCGAACAUAUUCAAAUAUCUAUAUUUGGUCCUGACUCUUGUCUGUAUAGACACGCUUUCAGUGAUUUCAGUGAUUGAAGCAAUGAUGAUAGGCUAAUUCUAGUGUACACAGCUUGCAUAUAACUUCAUCUCGCAUUUUUCCGUCUACUGUGUCUGUCCAAAAUCCGAAGAAUUUCCAAAUGCAGCUUCUAAAGUUCGUCGGAGUACAGACCUCUCUCUCCGAGUUUGGCUCCAAAUAUCCCUCCACCUCUCUCUGCAUGUACCACGGACGGUUUUUGUCGAAUCUCACUGCAGGUGCAGCUCCUGUGACCUGUCCCUGACCAGUUGUUACACUGCGCUCACUCACAAAGCAGCCGCUGUUUUUUUCUCCCACUUUUUCUCCCGUUUAUUCCUGGUGUUGAUUUAAUAUUCAAAUAUUAUUUUUCACAUUUGAAUCUCAUUUUUUAAAAAAUAUUCCAAUAUGAGUGAACAUUACUUUAAAUUCACUACAUAGUCUGUAUAUGUAAAUUUUCAAUGUGAAAGGAUUCAUUUGAAUGUUUUCCAGUUGUUGUACAUGUUCAGCACAUCCUUUACAAGACUGUCCACACAGGCAAAUCAACGAUCACUCGUAGGGAUGAUUUGUAUCUGUGUUUCAUUUGUUGUUGAAGUCGUUCUUUGUGAAAAGUCUUUUGUUGUUCCAAAGGCUCAUGAACUGUGGACACAGUCACAAAGUCUCUCCACCUUCAGUAAGACUUGAAUUAUUAAAAAAGAAAGCUUUUUUUUUUAGUUUUGAGAGUGUUAAAGAGAUUCACAAAUUUAAUAACAGAAUAUGAAAGGCCUGAAGCCAGAGAUCAAGCUGCCUCUGAACAGGAACUCACAUGAUACAGUAUUCUUGACUUACACUGGUUAAAAAACACCCCUGACUUCUUCAACAUCUAAAAGUCACAACACAGAGUUUGUGUUGCUUUUUGUUAUUUCAUCAAUCAGGCUGUUUAGGUUUUAUGUCCUGAUGCCACGUGGUAAUUUCUGCACCACACACAGCUUAUGAUAUUGUAGGGUAAGUUCUCCCAUCCUCGUCAGCAGGUGCAGGAAGAGCAGCUGUCAGCGCUGGUGGACUGGCUCACAGCACAGCCCAGAGCCGCUCAGCUGGUGGACAAAGACAGCAGCUUAGUGUCCACUCUGGAGUAUCACCUCGGACACUACCUUAAAGAUGUCAAGAGACACUACGUCAAAGCUGACAAAAGGUAAAGACCAACUAUCCGUGCUGAAAUAAAAACUUUAAACGCCCAUCAUAAGGGAAAAUAAACCAGAGUACAGGUGCUUUUUCCGUCACUAUUUCUGUCUUGAACUGCCUGAUCUGUGUGAUCGCAGCGUUAGAUGACAGCCGUCUCCUUGUUCUUCCUCAGGGAUCCAGAGUUCGUAUUCUACGACCAGCUAAAGCAGACGAUGAAUGCAUACAGGUAAUGAGCUUCUCUGCUCUACUGGGACACCUCGCUUCAGCCCACUCUCAUUAACGGUUCCUCAGAAAACUCUGCUUGUGGGAUAAAAUCGAGUCAUAGAAACUACCUUCACAUAAUCUCAAAGACUGACUUUUUUUUCUCUUUGACUGUAUUGUGUUCUCUCUCUCACUCUCUCUCUCUCUCUCUGUCUCUCCUUGCAGAGUAAAGCCUGCUAUUUUUGACUUGUUGCUGGCAGUCUGCAUUGCAGCCUACUUGGGUAUGAUGUAUCUGGCCAUCCAGGUAAGUCACAGUGAAAAAAAGGAAAUGUAUGUGUACAGUCAGAAGCUACAGACUUCAGUCCUGAUGGAGUUUGCAAGACUUAAAGAAAUCCUCCUGACAAACAUAAGGCAGGGUUCCUACUCAAGUAUGGAAGUAAUUUGAUCAAUUUCCAGGUCUUCUAAAGUAUGGUCAAUGAAAAAUAAAGUAUGGAAAAAUAUUUAUGUUAACAGACUAUAUUACCACAGUUAUAAAAUACUGUCUUCUAAAAUAGAAAAGUAGGUUUUUCCAAAAAUAAUUCUAAAAUGUAGCGUAUGGAAAAGUAUGGAAACCCCAUCUGUGUAGGAACCCUGAUAAGGUCCAUUUAUGAGUUCCUCCCUCUCAAUGGGAGACUCUAACCGACCGUGUGCAGCCUGAUGGAUCUAAAGAGACGUGGUCCAUGUUACCCACUGAGGAACUGAAAUAAUGAGGACUUAGUGAAAUGACUUUUGACUGGGGCUUUUUUUUUUAAAUGGAGGAAAAUAACAGAUCCUGAUGAAUCUACAGUUUAUUUCAAAGGACUUUGUGGAUUUUGGUCCUAAAUGAAACCCGAGGGGAGGGGCAAAGGAAGAUGACUGAAGCUGCAGAGCCUCAGGCGGCUCAUGCUUGUGUAGUUGCUGGUUUGUUUUUGCAGAUGCUUUGUUGGUUCUCUCGUGUGAAAACAGAAAAUAAAUCCCUCCUUUUUGUCUCAUUCCUCUUUUUCAGAAUUUCGGGUUCCUGUACAGCGUUGUCCGCAGAAUCACCCAACCUAAGGCGAAGGCUCACUGAGGUGCACAACACUGUUUCUUCUCCCAGAUCUCACUCUUUUCUCAAGUCCAGAAACUUUAGCCAAUAAGAACACGUGUGCUGGGCCGAGCUGCUGUUCUGACGACAGUUUUCAAACCAGCAGAAUCACUUCCACAUCCUCCAUCCUGAUCCACAAACUAUGAUGUCAGAUCCUGUCCUGCUGCCAACAGAAUCCGUUUGGUCUGAUGGACCAGAAUUAUCAGGAAUCAUUUGUCACUCUCCAACAAAGGCAAAGCAUUUCAUUAUAUGACUCCUCGUGAUGGAUGAUAACAAUUUGUCCAGACCUCUGAGAUCCUUCUGAGAUUAUUCUUGAGUUCCUGAUGCUGUUGUAUCACUGAUUGUUCUUUAAUCCCUCUCUCUCAGUAUACUGUAUGACUGAUCGACUGCCAAACUGAUGUCAUGUGUUGUCUCAGGCAGCUAUAGGGAGAAACUGACCACACAGAGUUUAACCUAGAAUUUCUGUCGACAUGAUACACGCUCCCCAGCUUUUCCGUUAAAGAUCCUGUUUAUAUUCAUCCAGUCUGCCCACGUAAAACACCUCAACUCCCAGAAACCCUGAUCAAGUUAUCGGCCCGGUGUAACCACUCCUUCCCUCGAUACUGACAUCCUCUUUCAUAUAUGGUUACCUCUUUGUGGAAGUGGACCCCGCACAGCCCCUAUAUAAACACUUUAUAACCAUAAAACAAAUCACAUUUAAGGAUAUACAGUUUGUCAGCUUUAAGGUCUAAUUUUAGUUUUCAUUUAGUACAGUUAGCGGUGUUGUUUCUCUUUAUUUAUUUCUGUCAGAAUUGCGAGAAUUUCUACAAAUAUCACAAAAAAUUUUGUCGCAAACACUCAGCCUUCAAAAUUCAAAGGUUUAAAUGACAGAAAAUGUUUAAAAAAUCAAAUCACUUUCAAUAAAAAUUAUCUUUAGAGAAGAAAAAUCACCCGAGACCCUUUAAAUGUUUAAACUGUAACGGCAAAACGAGUCUGAGAACUAUCUGGAUUUUCCUUUCCUAGAUUCAUAGACCUGUUCCUCCAGCUCCACAUCUCUCAGUGUGUGUUUGUGCUUGAAAGAGUUUUUUGGAGUAUCAAGGGAAGAAGUGAUCACAGGCCAAUAAUGUCCUCAUAUUAGCGGUGAUUUUGUGGAGGCAGACGUGGACAAAAUAUAUGAAAUCCGCCUUUAAACAUCCUGUGAAAACAGCUCCUGUAACCUAAGUUUACAAAUAAGACAAGUCUGUCUGAAUAAAAUGUGAAGUGGUCUUUGCGUAAUCUGGAUUCUAUCGCUUUGAUGAUUAAACUAAAACUUUUGAAUGAAUGAGAAAAGAAAGUCUCACUAGAUUAAGAUCUUGUAUUUAGAAACUUCUAGAAAAUUAAUGCUGGUUUAACUUUUUUUGCCUUCUCCUGUAUUUAAUGAUUAUUUCCUGGUGUGUCUUAUUUUGCUUUUUUACUUUAACCUUUCGUAAAAAAAACCCUGAAAUGAUUUCCUAAGCCAUGCAGUCGAGGUUAUCUCAAAGUUCACAUUGAUGCAACCAUCAUGUUUUUUUCUUCCUAAUCAGAGCACACGUGGAAAGUGUGAAAGUGUGCAAAAACAACAUGUGGAGAUAAGAUUCCCCUUAUCAUCAGUGAAGAAAUGUGGAGGUGAAUUUGAUCUUUUGCUGACUACAGGAUAAAUGUGAUUAAAUUUCAGAUAUGUUUAAAGCCAUGUUAAGACAUAUGUCAAAUCAGCACUGCAGUGAACACAAUGGGUGUCUUACAAAGUGCAAUAACACAAAAAAAGAGUGAAAAUUUAGUGGAGGGAAUGUCUUAAACACUUGAUUUUAAUCCUUUCACAUGUUGGUGUUUGUUAAAUUAAUACUGCAGUGUUUCCCUGACCUCGUCUCUGUCUUGGUCUUGUCUUGUUGUGGGUGAACUUUGUUUUUUUUUUUUCCCCUCUUGUUUGUAAUUUCCUUUUUUUUUCUCUGCAUGAUCUCCUUGGUCGCCACAGUAACAAAAACAGGAUUUUCUUCAUUGACCCGUAUGAAAGGAAAACUGUGUGGUACAUUUUUAAUUUAUUGAAGCAGUUUUUCAUUUUUGUGCACUGAAAUGAACUCUCUUCCGGUCUGAACUCUGUUUCACCUCAUCCACAACACUUGAUCUCUGCUAUGAAAAUGAUAUCAGCUGUGAUUUAAAGAAUAAAAAUUCAAAAAGAGAAACCACAAA